AUGGCGCCUACCAACGAUAUAACAGCCACACCCGCUGCCGACCAACAUAUCAGUCAUGGCGGGAAGGACUAUACCACAAUUAAGGAAGGACUAGCUUACAUCCUCAUACCGGCGUCAGCCUCGAAGAUCCCGCAGACCACUCCAAAAGGGGCAAACGCACCCCAAUCGGUUUUUUACAACCCCAUACAACAGUUCAAUCGCGACUUGAGCGUCCUUGCGAUCAAAGCUUAUGGCGAGGAAGCAAUAGAACGCAAAGAAAGAUCUAUCGCAAAGAACAAGCAGAAAAUACAGGACAAGAAACGAAAACGCGAGGAUGAUGGAUUGCGAGACAGUUCACGAAAAGCUGGCAAGAUUGAGAAGGAGAAGGGUGCUAUUGGAAGUGCAAAUCCUGGGCCAGCCGCGGAAAUAGUCUCUGAGUCUGUAGUGGAGGAAUCAACAGAUACUCAGCAGGAUAAGGAGAAUGGUUCAGUAGAGGCUGCAAAUGCUGUCGUGGACAAUUCUGUGUCAAUUGGAACGAAUGGAGAUGUUGAGAUGGUUACAGCAGAUGAGCAACUGUUAGUGGAGCAAAAGGCAGCCAGUGCUAAAACCACUGAAGCACCAUCCAUCGAGGCCAUUCCUGCAAAGGACAAUCUAUCAUCCCAGCCUAAAAAGCCAAGUUUUACAAUACUAGACGCAUUGUCAGCUACUGGUCUUCGUGCGCUGAGGUAUGCUCAUGAGAUCCCUUUCACCACCUCUGUGACAGCAAAUGAUCUUCUGCCGGAUGCCACCAAGAGUAUCAAACUGAACGUCCAACACAACAAAUUGGAAGACAAAAUCCAAACUGUCACAGGUAAUGCCUUGUCUCACAUGUAUAAUGUGGCAUGCGGUGAGUACAAGGAGAACGGAAAGCCAAAAGCUAAAUACGAUGUGAUUGAUUUGGACCCAUAUGGAACGGCUGCGCCAUUUCUUGAUGCCGCCGUCCAGUCGGUGAAGGAAGAUGGUGGACUUCUAUGUGUUACAUGUACAGAUGCUGGCGUAUGGGCAUCGAAUGGAUACCCAGAGAAAGCAUUUUCACUGUACGGAGGAGUUACAAUCAAAGGCCCACAGUCCCACGAAGGUGGUCUACGGCUCAUUCUUCAUGCCAUCGCAACGUCUGCGGCAAAAUACGGCCUGGCGAUGGAACCACUUCUAUCAUUGUCAAUCGACUUCUACGCACGGGUAUUUGUCAGAAUCCACAAGUCCGCAAACGAAGUCAAAUUUCUAGCUGGAAAGACAAUGGUGGUAUACAAUUGUGACGAAGGAUGUGGUGCAUGGACAACUCAGACCAUUGGCAAGAACAAACUCGCGGCGAACAAAAGUGGAAAGGGACACUUUUGGAAGCAUGUAUAUUCUCAGGCACCAUCCGCAAGCGAACAUUGCGUCCAUUGCGGUAUGAAAACACACAUGGCCGGACCUAUGUAUGGCGGACCUAUGCAAUCACCCGAAUUCAUCAAAAAGAUUCUAGAUGGAUUACCCAACGCAUCAAAAGACACCUACCAAACCCACGCCCGAAUCGAAGGCAUGCUAUCCACAGCACUAGAAGAACACCUCCCACCCAUCGUCGAAGACACCAACUCACCAACACACCCCUCCAAAACAAACCGCUACGACCCCGCUGCCCUAGAUCUCUACCCCUUCUUCUUCAUCCCAUCCACCCUCGCAAAAGUCCUCCACUGCGUCACGCCACACGAGAACGCCGUCCGUGGCGGCCUCCGCCAUCUCGGCUACAGAGCCACGCGUUCCCAUACCAAAGGCGGCUGUAUCAAGACCGAUGCGCCGUGGGAGGUUAUCUGGGAUGUGAUGCGCGAGUGGGUGAAGCAGAAAGCGCCAAUCAAGGAAGGGGCGUUGAAGGAGGGGAGUGCUGGGUGGCGGAUUUUGAGACUUGGUGAGGGUGAGGUUAAAGAAGGAGAGAAGCCGAAUUUGAAGGUUGUGUUUGAUGAGAAACUGGGCAUGGAGAGGGAUGCGAAGAAACUUGUGAGGUAUCAGAUUAAUCCGAGGGAGAAUUGGGGGCCGAUGAAUAGGGCUAGUGGGAAGGAUAAAGCGUAG